AUGAAGCGCAAACUGGAUGCAAACGACGUGCCGUCUCCCGAGCCUAAGAGCGCGGAAGAGCAGGAACCCGACUUCGAAGCGCUGGGUCUUGACUCGCGACUGCGUCAAGCUCUGAUUAAGGAAAAGUUCACCAAGCCUACUCUCGUGCAGGCCAAGGCAAUUCCGCUAGCACUCGAGGGCAAAGACAUUCUUGCUCGCGCAAAGACUGGUUCUGGAAAGACGGCCGCUUAUAUUCUCCCGGUUCUGCAAUCUAUCCUGCAACAAAAAUCUGCGAACCCUGCAUUGAAAGCGACCACCGGUCUUGUCCUUGUCCCUACCCGCGAGCUCGCAGAACAAGUUCAGAAAGUUAUCACCUCAUUUACUGCCUUCUGCGGAAAAGAUGUUCGCUCCAUCAACCUCACUCAAAAAGUGUCCGACGCCGUCCAACGUACAAUGCUUGCCGAUUUUCCCGAUUUGAUCAUUUCCACUCCCACUCGUGUCCUGGCCAACGUCAACAAUUCCGCUCUGUCGCUCGAGAAACUCUCCUACCUGGUGAUCGAUGAAGCUGAUCUGGUUCUGUCCUAUGGUUAUGAGGACGACAUCAACAUUCUUUCAAAGGCCAUUCCCCGUGGCGUGCAGACUUUUCUUAUGAGUGCCACACUCACAUCCGAGGUGGACACUUUAAAGAGCCUGUUCUGUCGCAGCCCCGUCAUUCUGAAGCUGGAGGAAAAGGAGGAAAAAGGCGCCGGUGUUAGCCAAUUCGUGGUGAAGUGUGCGGAAGACGAGAAAUUCCUUCUCACCUAUGUCAUUUUCAAGCUUCAACUCGUCAAGGGGAAGGUCAUUAUUUUCGUCGGCGAUGUGGACCGAUGCUACCGUGUGAAGCUUUUCCUCGAGCAAUUCGGCAUUAAGAGCUGUGUUCUCAAUUCAGAACUCCCCAUCAACUCCCGUCUACAUGUCGUCGAGGAGUUCAACAAGGGUGUUUAUGAUAUUAUCAUCGCUGCCGAUGACCAAGAGGUCAUGGGAGUGGCCAAGCCCAGCAAAAAGUCCCGUGCCAUCGAAAAUGCAGAGGGAGCCAAGGAGGAAAUCGGCAGCAACGAAGACGAGGAGGUCGAGGAAGAAAACAGCAAACAGAAUUCAAAGCGACGCAAGAUGACCAACAAAGAAAAGGACUACAGUAUUGCGCGCGGUAUCGACUUCCAGAACGUCGCCUGUGUUCUCAACUUCGACCUCCCUACCACCUCGAAAUCCUACACCCACCGUAUCGGACGUACCGGCCGCGCCGGCAAGGCCGGUAUGGCACUGUCGUUUGUCGUUCCAAUCGAGCAGUACGGCAAGCACAAGCCCACCUCAGUGCCAAGCUGCAAGCGCGACGAGCCCGUCCUCGCAAAGAUCGUGAAACGCCAAGGAAAGCUCGGCCACGAGGUCAAGCCUUACCAUUUCGAAAUGCAGCAAGUCGAUGCUUUCCGCUACCGUAUGACCGACGCUCUGCGUGCUGUCACUCGGUUAGCAGUUCAAGAAGCUCGUGCCCGUGAAAUUCGCCAGGAACUGAUCAAGAGCGAGAAGCUCAAACGCCACUUCGAGGAUAACCCCGACGAGCUGCGACAGCUUCGUCAUGAUGGAGAACUGCGCGCUGCCCGUGUGCAGCCCCAUCUGAAGCAUGUUCCGGAUUACCUGAUGCCGGCAAAGGGCCGAAAGGGUAUCUCGAAGGAGGAUGUGGGAUAUGUCGGGUUCUCGAAGUCGAAUGAGAACCGCAUUCGCAAAGCGAGAGAUCGUAACCGCAACAAGGGGAAGGGAAGAAAGGCUGGUGGUAAGGUUGAUCCUUUGAAGACGUUCAAUCGUGGACGGAAAUAG